UACCUAAGUGCCAGGUACCUUACCUAUGUACCUAUCUUCUAAUUCCCAUACACGUUGGUAGAAAAGCCUCCACCACCAAGGGGCUUUCUGAUAUCUCGAUAACCAUUGCCCCUUAAGUCUUUUGUUCUUUUAUAUAUACCUACCUUAUAUACUCGACUCCACCGAUAUCGGCUAUCAGUUAUUACUAGCUUAAUGCCCACAUACCGCUAAGUGCCACUGCCUUAACGAGCAAAAAAAAAAAAAUGAAUAUGCAUGUCGACCCAGAAAAGAUGGACGAGAAAGCAGAGGACACUAAGUCAACGGGAGCGCGCCUAGAAGAUAAAGAUGAAGAUGCUGCAGAGUCUAUAACCACUUCUAACGGUGACGUGGAAGAGGAAUCUAUAGACGCCGUUCCUGUUCAGCUAUUCACUCCAAAUGGCAUGUCGGUAGAUGAAGAGGCCGCGGCUACCGUACCAACGGAGCGAGCCAGGUCGCAAGCGUCAUCUGCUCGAUCUAAACCAUUGUCUGUAGUGCCAAGAUUGAAACGACGAGGUUUCCUCGCGCAGUUGACUCUCAUCCCAGAGGUCGAACGACCUCGCGAUUAUCCAAACAAGGUGAAGUGGACGAUAACGGUCUUCAUAGCUUUGGCAGCGUGUGCGGCGCCAAUGGGGUCUGCCAUUUUUUAUCCUGCCCUUCCGGAAAUGUCGAAGGAUCUCGGUGCCUCACCGACAGUCGUAAAUUUGACGGUAGCAUUAUACAUGUUAGCAAUGUCAAUAUUCCCUCUCUGGUGGAGUUCUUUCUCCGAGACUCUAGGCCGCCGUAAUAUCUAUCUUUCGUCCUUCUUCUUAAACGUGGUCUUCUCGCUACUGAGUGGCCUAAGUGUCAACAUUAGCAUGUUGAUUGUGUUUCGUAUCCUCUCGGGCGGAGCUGCCGCCUCCGUCCAAGCCGUUGGUGCCGGCACGAUUGCCGAUUGCUGGGAACCCCGAGAACGUGGCCGUGCUAUGGGGUAUUUCUACCUUGGGCCACUUAUGGGACCCCUAUUAUCUCCGAUCAUAGGCGGCGCUCUCACGGAGGGGUUUGGUUGGAGAAGUACCAUGUGGUUCCUAACUGUUUAUGGGGCUGUUGUUUUUAUCCUCGUCCUGUUUUGCCUGCCGGAGACCUUGGCAAAGCGUAAGCCAGCGGUUGCGACUGAAGCAUCUCAUCCUGACGGCCUGUCGCGCGUUUCUACUACGCGCUCCGUGCAGGUGCGCACUAAGCAGGCACUCGCGCAGUUUAAGAAGUGCUUCGUCGACCCUCUUGAGAUAAUUAUGUACCUGCGUUUCCCCGCUGUGGCAACUACGGUGUUUUAUGCUGCGGUUACUUUUGGGUCCCUGUACAUACUUAACAUAUCUCUUCAGUCGGCAUUCUCUUCGGCCCCGUAUGGUUAUUCGGCCAUAAUCAUAGGGCUUUUGUACCUGCCAAGCUCGCUAGGUUACUUUGCAGCGUCACUGCUUGGCGGGCGAUGGAUCGACCGGAUCAUGGUCCGGGCAGCGGAGAAGGCCCAGAGAUAUGACGCCAAUGGGAAGCUCAUAUAUCUACCCGAAGAUCGCAUGCGCGAGAAUGCAUGGAUCUCUGCCACACUGUAUCCCGGGGCGCUAAUUUGGUCUGGCUGGACAUUACAAUACGGAAUUCACUGGAUGGCACCGUCCGUAGCCAACUUCUUUUUCGGUGUUGGCAGCAUGCUCGUCUUUAGCGCUGCCACCACUAUGCUUACCGAAUUCAUGCCGCGAAGAAGUAGCAGUGGUGUUGCUCUUAACAACUUUGUGCGAAACAUAUUCAGCUGCGUGGGCGGUAUAGUUGGCCAGCCUCUCAUAGACGCCAUGGGCGUUGGGUGGCUGAUGACUAUGGUGGGCUUGAUCGGAUGGGUGAGUGGCAACCUUGCGAUCUGGCUCCUCGGAAAGAACAGUCGGAAAUGGAGAGAGCAGAUGGAUAAGGCUCUGAGUAAAUGAGCCCGAUAAUGAUCUUGGAUUAUUUAGCCAGAGCGAGCUUAGAAGGCCCUGUUGAUGACAUAACGAGACAAUGUAGAUGACGAUGACGAUGGAAUUUUUUUUGGAGCAUAUAGGUUGGGGUAGAGUAUCAUAUUUAGUCGCAAAGUGUUAUUUUUGGUAUAUAACCAAUUGUUACCGAGGUCCAUUCGCUUUGGCCCCAGGAUACGAAAAUAUACGAAAAUUUAAUGUAAACAUUUAUUUGCUAAUAUUCGAAGAAGCAAAGUCUUCAUAUCU